AUGGCUUUCAUAUCACAUCAUCCAAGAGAUAAAAAAGGAGUUUCUGAAGUUAUUCCAGAAAGUUUCCAAGAGCGAGAUAAGAUAACUGGUUCUUAUAACUGUCAAUUUUGCAACUAUUCAUCUGUGCUUCGAGCUAAUGUAAAAAAGCAUAUCCGAACUCAUACUGGAGAGCGUACUUAUUCUUGUACUGUAUGCCACAAAAGGUUUUCAUCAAAAGCUAAUCUGAAUGUUCAUUUUAGACUUCAUACUGGAGCUCUUCCUUAUGAAUGUCCCCACUGUGGGAAAAGAUUUAAUGAGAAAAAGAACAUGCAUCUUCAUCUAUCAAAUCGUAUACAAGCUAAUUUGGAAGCUUCUCCUUCUGUUUCUCAGUUCAAAAAAGGAAUGUAUUCUUGCUCAUUGUGUUCUUAUUCUACAUCUGUGGAAACUCGCCUCAGGUCCCAUGAAAAAAUUCAUAUUGGGGAGCAAAAAUUUUUUUGUCCUGUGUGUGAGAGAAGUUUUAAUAAAAAGUCUAAUUUAAAAGUUCAUUUAAGACUUCACUCUGGGAAUCUUCCUUAUGAGUGUCCUGCUUGUAAGAAAAGAUUUAAUGAGAAAAGAAACAUGGUUUUACACUAUUAUACUCAUAAAUGAUGUAUUUUCUUUAAAUAUUCAAAUACAUCAUAUAAUUUUUUAUUCAAAUUAUGUAAAAUAAUA